UUUACUUUUAGUUAAUGCUUCUCUGCAAUUUCAUGUCCGCUGCGUAAACGGCGGCCGUUUUUUCUUCUGCUGCUGCGGAGUACGGUGUUCCGGUUAGGAAAAAGUGAGCGUGGUCGGCUGUCAGUGGCUGGCGAUGGCGGAGGUUGUUGAGAGGGAGGUGACUCUCAAGGAGUUGAAGACUAUGAUGGCGGAGUUUGCUAGAGAGAGGGACUGGGAUCAGUUUCAUAGCCCUAGAAAUCUCCUUCUCGCUAUGGUGGGUGAAGUGGGAGAGUUGUCUGAGAUAUUCCAGUGGAAAGGGGAGGUUCCAAGAGGCCUUCCUGGCUGGAAAAAUGAAGAGAAACAACAUCUUGGGGAAGAACUCUCAGACGUUUUGCUGUACCUUGUUAGGCUCGCUGACAUAUGUGGGAUUGAUCUUGGUAAAGCAGCUCUACGGAAGCUGGAGCUGAAUGCCAAGAAAUAUCCAGUCAAGCUUUGCAAAGGGUCGUCAAGAAAACACACACAAAUCAGCAGCAGCGAAGCCGAUUGCAAUGAAAGCGAUGGAAAAGAAGACCCCAGUAAACAGUGACAGCAGCAGCGGCAUCAGAGAAGCAGUGAUGGUGUCUCUUCUGAACUUUGGUGGUAUGAUUUUAUAUAUUAUGUCUUUAUGACUUAACUUGGAUAGCUUCUAAACGUUGUUGUCAUGUGUCAUGGGCUCUUCUUUUGUGAGUAUAUUUAAUGAUAUACUUCCACACA